AGUAGACCAAGAAAUUUUAACUCAAACAUCAUUGGCUGUUCCUCCUGCGUCAUUGUAGAUCUCCCCGUCUCUUUUAUUUCACAAUUCUCCAACAACCCUGCUUUGGUGUUUUUUUCUCUCUUCAUAGCUACAUCUCUCUCUCCUUUGAUCUUCUUCUUUACCAAAACUUAAACCUCUUCAAACAUGGCUUUUGAUGGUUUUGUCUCCCACCAUAGUGAACACAUGCAAACCCUUGCUUUUAACCAACCCUCUUCACCUCCCAACUUCGACCCAGCUAAAUGCAAGGCCGAGAUAAUAGGGCAUCCCAUGUACCCCCAGUUGUUGGAAGGCCACGUGGCUUGUCUACGUGUUGCCACGCCUGUUGACCAGCUCCCUAAGAUCGAUGCUCAGUUGGCUAGGUCCCAAGAUGUCUCAGCUAAGUACUCAUCAUCACCUGCUGCUGGGGCUGCUCACCAUGAACUCGAUCACUUCAUGGCAAAUUAUGUGCUAUUGCUUGGUUUCUUUAAAGACCAAUUGCAACAACAUGUUCGUGUUCAUGCAAUGGAAGCGGUUAUGUCUUGUUGGGAUCUUGAGCAAUCACUUCAAAGUUUAACAGGUGUAUCUCCAGGUGAAGGCACAGGUGCAACAAUGUCUGAUGAUGAAGAUGAAGUUGUAGAUAAUGAUCACAGUUUGUUUGAUGGAAGCUUCGAUGGGAUUGACAGCAUGGGAUUUGGCCCUCUUGUCCCAUCAGAAACUGAGAGAUCCUUAAUGGAACAUGUUAGGCAAGAACUUAAGCACGAAUUGAAACAGGGUUACAAAGAGAAAAUUGUGGACGUUAGAGAGGAAAUUCUGCGCAAGAGAAGAGCUGGAAAGCUACCUGGUGACACCACCUUGAUUUUAAAAGCAUGGUGGCAGUCACAUUCCAAAUGGCCUUACCCAACAGAAGAAGACAAAGCAAGAUUAGCACAGAAAACAGGAUUACAGUUGAAGCAGAUUAAUAAUUGGUUUAUAAACCAAAGAAAAAGGAAUUGGCAUAAUACCCCCUCCACUUCUCUGAAGAGCAAACGUGAGAAGUAGGCUGCUAAUGGAUGUAUGCAUAUGUGUCUUGAUGAAAAUGAGCUUUUCACGAGAACAUUUGUCGAUUUUAAUUUGGAAAAGAAGUAUGCAGGUUAAACCAGUGAUGAAGCCUUAAUGUAAGCAAAAGAAAAGCGCUCUGCAUAGCAUUAAUAUAGCUUUGCUAGAUGGUUCUGUAAUCAUUUGGCUCAUGCUUUCCUAUGUAUGUACAAGAAUGACUUCAAUAAGUCGUGGGUUUAUAAUGUAAUUAUCUACUUGGUCAUAUAUAACAUGUUUUUACCAAUUAA